CCUGUAAGAUACUCACCUGCUCCUGCCUCCAUGGCCAAAGGCAACCCAGCAGAGACAUGGCCAGCAUAUUCUCGUAUCAGAGCUCCGAGGUCGACUGGUGUGAAAGCAACUUCCUGCACUCAAGUCUGGUGGCUGAGUUCUACAACACGGUCAGCAAUGUCUCCUUCUUCAUCAUUGGGCCCCUCAUGAUAUACCUUAUGCAUCCUUAUGCCCAGAAACGCUCCCUCAUCAUGCAUCUACCCUGGGUCCUCUACAUUUUAGUAGGCCUGUUCUCUGUGUACUUCCACAUGACGCUGAGUUUCUUGGGACAAAUCCUGGAUGAGCUGGCCAUCCUCUGGCUGCUGUCAACAUGCUACUGUAUCUGGUUUCCUUGCUGCUACUUUCCCGCCUUGUUGAAGAAGGACAGGUCCCAAUUCACUUGCCUGGUCCUGCUCAUCUCAAUCAUAACCACCUUCCUGGCCUUCGUAAAGCCAACUGUCAACGCCUAUGUGCUCAACUCCAUUGCGCUGCACAUUUGCUACUUUGUGAGGAUGGAGUACAAAAAGAAAAACGCCCAAGUGAAUCAUAUGAUCGUGGUGUCUGUGACCUGGUGGUCAUUGGCUCUGUCCAUCUGGAUAUGUGACCGGGUAUUCUGCACCUUCUGGCAACAAAUCAAUUUCACCUAUUUGCACAGCUUCUGGCACAUCUUUAUCAGCCUGGUGUUCCCGUAUAUAGUGGUUAUCUUAGUUCUUUUGGAUGACCAGUAUGAGAUGCAGGAUAACUCUCUGGAAAUCCACUACUGGCCUCAGGACGAGUGGCUUGUGGGGCUGCCCUAUGUGACCCUAAAGGGCAAGAAGGCCAACAGAGGGGGCAAGAACUGCUGAUGGCUCCAGGGCUUGGAACAGCAGUUUUCUCUCCUCAGCAUCUACCUCUCCUCAGUGUACCUGACCAUAGCAUCACAGGAAUCCUUGAGUCUUGGAACCGGAACAAACUUCAGAAGGUCAUCUACCUGAGCAGGAAUUCUCUCUCCAUUGUUCCCAGAAGUGGCCAUUCAUCUCCACUCGAAGACCCCCUCAGAUGAGGAACCCAGCUUUUUCUGAAUCAGUUUGGGAUAGCCCAGGGUAUUGGGAAUUUUUCUCUUCAAUGAAUGGAAAUUUUCCCUUGAAAUGAUGGCCCUGCUUUGCUCCUACUUCCUCUGUAAAUGGUCAAGUGGAGCAAUCUCAUACUUGAAGAUGGCUCUCAUGUGCCUCCUAAAGCUUCCCUAUCUCCAGGCUAAGCAUCUUCAGUUCCUUCAAAUGAUUCUCCUAUGACAGAGUCUCCAGUCCUUUUAUCAUCCUAGGUCCCUCCUCAGGACCUAGCCCAGUUUGUCAAUGUCCUUUAGAAAAGAAGGCCCCAGAAUUGAACACAACAGUGGAAAGAGUUCUGAGAUUUGGAGG